GUUCCUGUUCCUACGCGGAAGUAGCUUGUACCGGCUGAAUGGAAGGUGCGCCGCUGGAGAAGUGCUCCCCUCUGUAUAAAUAGGCCCCCAGGCUCCCUGCAACAUUCAUCAGCGCGAGCUCAGUGAGCACCAAGCAGAGACCAAGCCAGUGGGUGUUCCGAGAGCAUAGCCAGCCAGCCACAAUGGCGGGAAACCUGCUAUCUAACUAUGUCCAGGUCUACGUCAUGCUCCCGCUGGAUGUCAUCACUGUCGACAACACGUUCGAGAAGGCCGACGAGACGAGGGUGCAGCUGCAGAAGCUGGUGGAGGCCGGCGCCGACGGGGUCAUGAUCGACGUCUGGUGGGGGCUGGUGGAAGGGAAGGCGCCCGGGGUCUACGACUGGAGCGCCUACAAGCAGGUGUUCAAGCUGGUGCAGGAGGCCGGGCUGAAGCUGCAGGCCAUCAUGUCGUGCCACCAGUGCGGCGGCAAUGUCGGCGACAUCGUCAACAUCCCGAUCCCGCAGUGGGUGCGGGACGUUGGUGAGGCCAACCCCGACAUCUUCUACACCAACCGGAGGAAGAUGAGGAACAUCGAGUACCUCACGAUUGGAGUGGAUGACCAGCCUCUCUUCCAGGGGAGAACUGCAAUUCAGCUCUAUGCUGAUUACAUGAAGAGCUUCAGGGAGAACAUGGCAGAGUUCUUGGACGCUGGUGUCAUCGUGGACAUUGAGGUCGGACUUGGCCCUGCUGGAGAGAUGAGGUACCCCUCCUAUCCACAGAGCCAGGGAUGGGUGUACCCAGGCGUUGGAGAGUUCAUAUGCUAUGACAAGUACCUGGAAGCAGACUUCAAAGCUGCAGCAACAAAAGCUGGGCAUCCUGAGUGGGAAUUGCCUGAUGACGCUGGGGAGUACAAUGACACUCCUGAGAAAACCCAGUUCUUUGCGGACAACGGAACAUACCAGACCGAGAAGGGGAAGUUCUUCCUCACAUGGUACUCCAACAAACUGAUCAAGCACGGCGAUAAGAUCUUGGACGAAGCAAACAAGGUCUUCUUGGGAUGCAGAGUGCAGCUGGCCAUCAAAAUCUCUGGCAUUCACUGGUGGUACAGGGUUCCAAACCAUGCAGCUGAGCUCACUGCCGGGUACUACAACUUAGAUGACAGAGACGGUUACAGAACCAUAGCGCACAUGCUCACAAGGCAUCGUGCUAGCAUGAACUUCACUUGUGCUGAGAUGAGGGACAAUGAACAGAGUUCGGAAGCAAAAAGUGCACCUGAGGAACUGGUUCAGCAGGUGCUGAGUGCCGGAUGGAGGGAGGGCCUAAACAUAGCAUGUGAAAAUGCACUCAGUCGCUAUGAUGCCACAGCUUACAACACAAUCCUCAGGAAUGCAAGACCACAAGGAAUCAACAAGAAUGGCCCUCCUGAACACAAGUUGUAUGGGUUCACCUACCUCCGAGUAUCGAAUGAGCUCCUUGAAGGACAGAACUAUGCCACUUUCAAAACUUUUGUCAGGAGAAUGCAUGCUAACCUGGAUUAUAACGCAAACAUCGAUCCACUUGCACCUAUGGAAAGAUCAAAGCCAGAGAUACCAAUCGAACAAAUCCUGGAAGUAGCACAGCCAAAGCUGGAGCCAUUUCCUUUCAUCGAGAACACAGAUCUACCAGUUUAAACAUCCCAAUGGUUCAAUUUCAAUCUACAAGAAGGGGCACAAGGAACUUUAAGAAUCAAGACAAACACAGUACGCCUAUUGUCGAACAAUAUGCUGAAACUAAAUAAACUGCUAUGUUAAGCAGACUACAAUCAUGUUGCACCAAUAAUCUUGUGUUGUUCAACCUGAGGCUUGAUGCUUGUCUAAUGAGCUGUAAUACCUUGGCCUUCACAUUGUUGUAUGUAUUUGAGCUAAUGAAUAAAAAAGUUAUGUGGCUUAUUUAUUGUGCUA